CCUUUCCACUAUCCUCACUUCUAAUCUAGCCUUUGCUGACUAAUUUUUAUUUUAACUGAGUAACUUCCUUGUUUUCACUGAACAGAGUAUAGUUCAGCAUUUCUUGGUCUAUACUUUGCCAGUUGGAAGUAUCUAAAUUACAACAGUAUUUCUCAGACACUGAUAAGAUAAACAGGGUGAGAAAGUUAGAAUGGGGAGAUAAUUUCAGUUUUGUUAAGUGCUAAUCUUCUUGUUUGUCAGUGAUUACAACUAUAAAAAUGUUUUUGAAGUAAAAGUUUAGACAUCUCAAAAUAAUGUGUAGAAUUUAGAAGAAGUGUAGGAGCCCUAACUUCUGGUUUUGUUUUUUUUUUUUUUUUUAAUACAAAUCCAAUUGCACUCCAACUGUAUUUAAUUCUUACAGGCAUGAAGUUGAUUGUGUGCCCAGUUGGUUAUUAGUAGUAAUCAUUCCCACAUGUUUCACUUCUCAGAAAGCCAUUGUUUUAAUUCUCAGAAUGUUUUAGUGGUAAAAAUGGGUAAACGUGGUUUGUAUCUGGCAACUGGAUACCUUAAUGUGAUGAUAUUUUACCAUUUAUGAACUGUAGGACCUGAGAUGGAGUAAAACUGAUGUGAGUCAACAUUUUUUUUUUAUUGCACACAAAGUGAGUGAGAGCAGUGAAGGUAGCUAGUAAUUCUAGCUGUAUGCAAAAAGUCUAGAACAAAGAAAACACCUUGCGAAAGAACUUGUAUUUUAAUCCAUUGCAUGGCGCACAUAUUAAAGACGCUAAACAGCUGGUUCUGGUGGGAGAAUAUCUGGAUGCCUGUCAAUGUCACAUGGGCACAUUUUGUAGACCGCGACGGACUUGUCUUUCCCAAACCACAUCAGUUAUAUGCCACAAUACCAUAUGCUUUUGUAUUGCUGAUUAUCCGAUUCUUCAGUGAAAGAUAUGUUGCUAUACCUUUAGCAAAAGCCUUAGGUAUAAAGAAUGUAAGACGUGUGAAGCCACAGCCUAACCCUGUUUUAGAGAGUUAUUUCCGGGAGUGCUCAAGACAUCCAUCCCAAUCAGAGAUUCAAGGCCUUGCCAAAAAGUGCAACUGUACCGUCCGUUUGGUGGAAAAGUGGUUUAGGAGACGGCGAAACCUUGAGAUCCCAACAGUUCUUCGGAAAUUCCAGGAAGCUUUCUGGCGAUUUUCAUUCUAUCUUACCUCCUCCAUUGCUGGAUUUAUAUUUCUGUACGAUAAACCUUGGUUUUACGACAUAUGGCAGACGUGGGUUGGCUAUCCAUUUCAGACUCUGCUGCCAUCCCAGUAUUGGUACUACAUGGCUGAGAUUGGUUUCUACUGGUCUCUCUUAUUUACACUUGGGAUUGACAACAAAAGGAAGGAUUUUCUGGCUCAUGUCAUUCAUCAUUUGGCAGCCAUUGGGUUGAUGAGCGGCUCUUGGUGCGGCAAUUACGUGCGUCUUGGGACAUUGGUGAUAUUUGUGCACGAUACUGCAGACUUCUGGCUCGAGGCAGCCAAAAUGUUUAAUUACGCUCACUGGGAGAAAACCUGCAAUACGCUCUUUAUCAUCUUUUCUAUCGCAUUCUUCAUCACAAGAAUCAUCCUUUUCCCCUUCUGGAUUCUUCGUGCCACGUUGUAUCAGCCUACAUACUACUCCACGACUCCUGUCAUAGCAUAUUUUUUAUUCAAUGGGCAACUACUGAUCCUUCAAGGCUUGCAUUUAUAUUGGGGCUACUUAAUUUUCAAGAUUUUGAGAAGGUUCAUUUUCUUAAAGGACUUGAAAGAUGACCGGAGCGAUGAAGAGGAGGAAGAUUCUGUUACAGAUACUGAAGAGGAGUCCACAAAGAACGGAAAGAACGGCUGUGGGUCAAGCAAACAUCUCCUGAACAGCAGUCACCACUAGCUCCGUCCUGCCCUACCUCCUGCAGUGAUUUCUGCUCGGUUUUUAACCCAACCUACAGGAUAGCAUUUAAGUCAAAAGGCUUACGAGAGACUGUGAUUGAUUUAUUGUUGGCUACCGGACCUGGAAAAAAGCCCAGUUGAGAGGGGAGGAAAAAAUUGCAUAACGUGACAAAAUGUGUUAGUGUGCCACUAUCUGAAUCGUUGCAAAGUGUUUGGAAAGACGUUGGGGCACACUGACCAACAGUGCUCAGCAAGGUCAGAGAGCGUCAGAUCAUUUAGCGUCCCAUGGAUUUUAGUGUUGUUUUUCAAUCUGAUGUAAGAUAUAUUUCACCAAGCAGUUUAAUUCACAGAUGUUUUGUGGUAGGUAGGUAGUGUGAACUCCAUUAGGAACCAAGAUUAUUCAAUGUGGGAAAAAUUUGACAGUGGUAUACAGUGACUGGCAUUUUAGUCUUUACUUAUCGGUUCAAGCCCUCAUCAAAAUGGCUAUUUUUUGUGAGUUUGAUUUCAUUUCCUGGAGGCCAGUGGAAGGUAACAGGAGGAAGUCAAAUUACCUGCCUGUGAAGAGCUGGCUUCGCUGCAGAAAUACAGUCUUUCUCCAAAAUACGCUGUAUGAUAGACAGCUCAAAUACUGUGUUCUCAGAUUUAGAUUCACCUGUCAGGGAAGUCACUGUUAAAAUAGCAAAACUCAGCCUCGAUAUUUCCAUUGACCUCCAGGUCUCAGAAAUAUCUUUCAUCUCAGUUUUUGGCCUGGUGUUAAAACAGAAGGUGCAGUGGGGAGGGAAGACAGUGAAUGAAAAUUGGGCCUUCUCACAAGUUCCUUUACACUUCUUAGUUGUUUAAAAAUUGCUGAACACCCCCUGCUCCUGACACCUCUACAGCCCAGAAGAUUAAGAAUAAAUCUCAUCCAUUCCCUUCUUGGCA